AUGUCCGAUCAAGAACAACCUCCCACUCCUAAUCCCGACUCAACACCCGCAACCCCCAACAAGCCUAAACGUGCUCCUCCCAAGCUAGGCAAAAAGUCACCCGCCAAACAAGAACAAACCCCUCCCUCCUCGGAACAAGACCAGGACCAGGACAAACAACCUAAAGAAGACGAGUCCAAGCCCGAAGAGCCCGUCAAACACCAAGAACCAGACUCAGAGCCUGAGCCCGAGCAAGAAGACGAGGCCGAACCUGAACCCGAACCAGAACCCCAACCCAAGCCCGAACGUCGUCGUCGCAGACCUCGUCCCCGCCCCCAAGAAUCAGACACCGAAUCCAUCGCCCGCAGCGAAAUGGAACCAGAGCCCAAACCCCGUCGUGUCCGUCGCCAGCGCCAGCCACAACAACAACAGCAACAACAAAAACAAGGCGGCAGUGCGCUCGAAGGGCUUCCGGGCGUUGGCGGCGUCGAUCAGGCCGGCCAGCUCGUGCAGAACACAGCCGGCAAUGCCCUGAGUGGGGCGACUGGUAGUGCGGGCAAGGCUGUUGGCGGGAUCCUUGGUGGCGGCGAGGAAAAGAAGGAAGAUGAUGGUGGUCGUGAUGAGCAGCUUCGUCUGCGGUUGGACCUGAAUCUGGAUAUUGAGGUUCAGCUCAAGGCGAAGAUCCAUGGUGAUUUGACGAUUGGUCUGCUUAAUUAA